UGAUUGGUCUCUUCAGGAGUACUGUUUGUGAUUAUUUUGCAUAUAAAUAGACCAGUAACAACUAAGUCAAACAGCUCUACACAAAGACGUAUCAUGGGUGUAUUACAAGCAUUGGUCCUCACGGUAAUGUUAGCUGGCAGUCAAGGCCACAGAAAUAAUUGGUGGAAUAUAUGGGAUAUUGACGACACCUAUAAAUACCAGAACACAGAAUUCUGCUUUGAAGGAGGAGAAGCAGAUCUUGAAUGUCACGACGGCUAUUUGAUCGAUGUCAAUUGGGCAGUGUACAAAAGCCGUUAUUAUCGAUAUAAUCGUUGCAGCGACCCAAAUGCUUCACAAAAGGUCAAGGCCCUUUGUGACGGAUUGACUAGUUGUACUUUUACGUGCGAUGAUCAGUUAUUCAAUGAUACCACUUGUAACAACUUAAACGAGAGAUUAACUGUUUGUUAUAAAUGUGUGCCUGAUCCAUGUGACUCGUUUUACUGUGCUAAUGGCGGGAUGUGUAAGUUGGGGUCAGAUCUAGAGCCUAUGUGUCAAUGUUUCGGAGACUGGAAUGGAACUCAUUGCGACGAAAAUCCUUGCAACGACAUGAUGUGUACAAAUGGAUCUUGUUUGGUGAACGCUACAACUGGUACAGCACAGUGUUGUUCUUCAGAGGAGUCAACUGAAAAUCCAUGCGAUGAAAUUAUGUGUCAAAACAAUGGGACGUGUCUUGUCAGCCCGACAAAUGGGACUGCUCAGUGUUGCUGUGCUGAGGGUUUUAUGGGGUCUAUGUGUGAAACCCAAGUUGACGCCUGUACAAACAAUCCUUGUGGUAAUGAUGGAAAUUGUAGCGUCAGCACCUUAGGAAUAGCACAAUGUUCUUGUCUGGAUGGAUUUGGUGGACCUCGAUGCAACAUUGAUUGUAAUCAGCGGUUGCCAUGUGCGGACGGAUUCCGGGAGAUACCAUUUGGAUCUGGGAACUGUUACUUUAUCUGUCCUACAGAUUCGGAGUCAUGGCUUGCAGCUGAGCUGACUUGCCUGUUACUUAAUGCCUCACUAUGGGAACCUAAUGACGCUGCAGAAGAAGCAAACGUGGUAGCAGUAUUAAAUGGUCUCGGUGCUUCUGAGACAUACUGGACAGGAGGUUUUGAUGGAAUACAGGAAGGUACCACUGUAGUUGUUGGUUCAGGAUCAAGUUUCAAUCGACCAACUGUUGGAACCAAUACUGCUACAAAAGACUGUGUUGAUAUUGAGAGGGAAAGUGCUGUGUCGGGUUGGCAAUUUCAAUACAAAACAUGUACUACCACUACAAGAAAGUGUAUUUGUGAAGCACUGAAUCCUUGCCAGCUAACACCGGCACCAAUCAUUCCAGUGUUCGGUACUCCUUCUUAAAUUGUGGUCAGAUUUAUAAUGGGUUAAUUUUCAUUAAAAAAACUUUAUUAUGCAUAUUAUAUUUUAAGAAGUUUCACCUAAUAUUGCUUUGUUUAUUUCUGAACUAUAAAUACAAGUGCAUGUUAGAAAAGUGAUGAUGUGUAAUUUUAUAGACUUACAAAACAAAUACAUUUAUAACUGUUACAAAAUAUCAUUUAUUCAUUUUGUUUCAGUGAUUUACAAAAAUAUGUCUUUAAAUUCGUUUUACUUGAGAUUAUCAUCUCUAUAUUGAUUCUCAAUAAAUCUAUAUGUUAAAUUUA